AUGAAGCAUGAUGUAAUUGACAAACAUGUUUAUUGUGCCGUUAUGGGGGACAGUCACAUCGGAAAGAGUAGCAUCUCUCGCAGUUACGAAAGAGGAUCCAUUGAUGCUCAGCAUCAACCGACAUUGUUUGAGAAUUACGUUGUACGCCAUAACAUGGUUGGGAGGGAAUUCCUCAUCAGCAUGUUUGACACUGCCGCGCAGAAAAACUUUGAGAAUCUCCGUUCCUUCACAUACCGUGAGAGUGAAGUCCUGGUCCUCUGUUUCUCCACCUGUGACCGGGAAACGUUGGUCAGCAUCAAUGACGUGUGGAUGCCUGAACUGAAGAGACACUCCAAACACACCAAACAGAAGAGACCGGUCAUCCUCGUGGGCACCAAGAUAGACCUCCGAGUCGGGAAUGAAGACAGCGAGGUUUCCACGGACGAGGGUUUCCAGUUGGCCAAGGACAUUGGUGCUGACUGCUAUGUGGAGUGCUCGGCUCGCGACCACAAGGGCUUAAAGGAGGUCUUUCAGCAUGUCGUCUUCUCCGCUCUUAAGUUCAGGAAAAAGAAAACCAACAUUAUCAAGAAGAUCUUCAGACGCAGAAGCACGAUUUAA